AUGGACGAGAGUGUCCUGGAUGAAAAGACACGAGUUGAGCGAUAUGACUCCCAAUCGUGGGAAUCGCUCAAGACAAAUCCUCUCUAUGACGAUUUGGUUGAAUUCGAGGAUGUUUUCCCUGAAACUGUUCCGUGCGAAUUACCGAAGGAUAAAGGUACUCGACACGAGGUCGAGCUUAAACCAGGCUCGAAAUACUGUGUCAUGAAGCAGUGGCCACUGCCUCGUGAACAGGUCACAGCGAUCGACAAAUUCUUUGCCGAUCGUUUAGCUGCGGUCCAUGUGAGGGAAUUAACAUCCCCACACAGCUCUCUGACCUUCUGUGUGCGAAAGACCACAGGAGGGUGGCGGAUUGUGCACGCGUUCAACAAAUUAAACGCUGCAACGGUACCGGCUCAAACGCCGAUACCAAGGAAGGACGUCAUCAUAGAUGGUAUGGCAAAAAGUACCAUCUUUUCGUCCAUGGAUCUGAUGGAUGGAUUCUAUCAGAUCCUCAUGCGUAAACUGGAUAUCCCUUACACAGCAGUGAGCACUCCCAGUGGUAUGCUCUGGCAGUGGCUAGUGAUGCCACAUGACUAA